UCUGAGGGCGGAACAAAUCCUAAAGCACGGGCCAAGAGAGCACCUGUGAUAACGAGGGGCGUUGUGCCUUUCACCUGUGUAUAUAUACCGAGUCCACUGCUGCAGAAACACAAGCGCAGUGCCAACCAACUCAGUGCCAAGAUGAAGUGUGUGAUCCUCGCCGCCGUGGUUGCCUUGGCUGUGGCCGCUCCCAACCACCUCCCUCCGGCUCCUGCUGGCGGGUACGGGCAGGGGACACCCGCGCCCGGGUACGGGCAGGAGACACCCGCGCCCGUGGUUAAAAUCCUGAAGGACGAUCGCUCGCAGACCCCGGACGGCACCUUCACCCUGGGCGUGGAGGCGGAGAACGGCAUCGUGCUGACCCAGUCCGGGUCCCCGACAGGCCCUGAGGGAGCUGUCGUUUCGUCUGGACAGUUCUCAUACACUGCCCCUGACGGUACGCCAGUUGAGGUUAAAUAUGUAGCUGACGAGAACGGUUUCCAGCCAGAGUCUGCCCUGUUGCCCGUGGCCCCCGAGUUCCCCCACCCUAUCCCCCAGUUCGUCCUGGACCAGAUCGCCAAGGCCGCCGAGGAGGACGCCGCCGCUGCGGCACAGGGCGGCUCUGAUGCCCCGGCCCCUGCUCCUGCUCCUGCUUAUGGCACCCCGGCCCCUGCUCCUGCUCCUGCUCCUGCUUAUGGCACCCCGGCCCCUGCUCCUGCUCCUGCUCCUGCUCCUGCUUUUGGCGCCCCGGCCCCUGCUCCUGCUUUUGGCGCCCCGGCCCCUAAUCCAACCUAUGGCUAGAGCUUCUAGUAGCAGCUUAGUCGCGCUCGCCCCACUCAUGUAUCACACUCCAUGCUACUCAUCGACCCAGUAUUGUAACUUAGUUAUUAAAAAUAUCAAUCAACAAAACUGAUAGUGUU